CGGAAGUGUUAGCCUCGUUUUGCAUGCUAACGCGUGGCAGUUGUCUGCUUUCUUAAGCGGUGUACUGGCUUUCAGCUUUGUUAGCUGUCAGGUAGCAUAGACAUUAGUUUUAGAAGGUACAAAUCUCAUCUGGAUGUCAGAGCUGAUUAUAAAUCUGAAAUAAGAUAUAUUUUCCUUUCAUCUGGACCUUUUUUUGCAAUCGUUUACACAUAGCAGGGCGUUGACAGCAAGUCAUAUAGCGAUACUGUUUUGGACGAGGACGCGGCUACUGUCCUUAUUGACACCUGCUGGUAGUUAAGGAGAAGGGAAUUAAUUAUUGUUUUUCAAUCAGUGGUAGCGGGUCAACAAAAUUACUUAGCGUGAUAGGGUUUUAAAUCGGAACCUUUACGUUUGUCGAAGACGUGUUGCGUCAUCGUUGGGAAUGAAAGCGCUUAUUCUAGUAGGCGGCUAUGGGACUCGUCUGCGUCCACUCACCCUCAGCAGACCUAAGCCAUUGGUGGAGUUUGGCAACAAACCUAUCUUGUUACAUCAGUUGGAGGCCCUUGCUGAUGCUGGCGUGAAGCAAAUCAUUUUAGCUGUAAGUUAUCGUGCUGAACAGAUGGAGAAGGAGCUAAAGCAUGUGGAAGAACAGCUGGGGGUGAAGAUCACAAUAUCAUUGGAAGAAGAACCACUAGGAACAGCUGGACCUCUGGCUUUAGCAAGAGAUAUAUUGACCCAAGACAAAGAGCCUUUCUUUGUGCUCAACAGUGACAUCAUCUGUGACUUUCCCUUCAAAGACAUGGUUAAGUUCCAUAAACACCAUGGGAAAGAAGGAACAAUAGUGGUCACAAAAGUGGAUGAGCCCUCUAAAUAUGGUGUUGUGGUUUAUCAACCAGAGAAUGGACAGAUUCAGCACUUUGUAGAAAAGCCUCAAGAAUAUGUUUCCAAUAAAAUUAAUGCUGGCAUGUAUAUGUUCUCUCCAGAUGUGCUGAAGCGAAUUCAGCUUCGCCCAACUUCCAUUGAGAAAGAGGUAUUUCCUGCUAUGGCCGCAGAUGCCUGUCUCUUUGCUAUGGAUCUUCAAGGUUUCUGGAUGGACAUAGGUCAGCCUAAAGACUUUCUCACAGGAAUGUGCUUGUUCCUAACAUCACUUAGACAGAAACAGCCAGAGCAGCUAUACACAGGCCCUGGUGUUGUUGGCAAUGUUCUCAUUGAUCCCACAGCUAAAAUAGGCAAGAACUGCAGAAUAGGCCCCAAUGUCACAAUCGGGCCAGAUGUCGUCAUUGAAGAUGGAGUCUGCAUCAAACGGUGCACAGUCAUGCGAGGAGCAUGCAUCCAUUCCCAUUCUUGGCUGGAAUCUAGCAUCAUUGGAUGGCGCUGUGUUGUUGGAAACUGGGUCCGCAUAGAGAAUGUUUCUGUUUUAGGCGAAGAUGUCAUUGUCAAAGAUGAGUUAUAUGUCAAUGGUGGCAACAUUUUACCCCACAAGUCUAUAGCGGAGUCGGUUCCUGAACCAAAGAUCAUUAUGUGAUGCAGAAGAGGCUGUGUUGUGUUGUUCUUGUCCUCUUCUGAGAGGGAAAGACAAUAUUUUUUCAGGGUUACAUUCCUGUUACAUCUUUUAUCUUGUGAAACAGUUGUUACUGCUUUUUUGUAUUAAAGACCAAAAUGUAAUAGUGAUGUAAAUGCUUCAUGGUGCAUUGGAGAACUUCUGCUGUAGGCCCCAUGAUCUAUUAAUUCUCCAGAAGAAAAUUGUACCUGAGGAUUUAUUGAGAUGUCUGCUCAGCACAUGGUCUUCAUCAUUGAAUAUUUUUGUUGGGCUGUUACAAUUCUGUCUCUCCUCCACUCUCCAAAUGCUCAUGAUUUACUGGUUACACAAUCAACAUGGUUCAUUUUUAGGUUUUCAAAUACUGUUUUCGGUAACUACAAGAAAGGUAGUUUUGCAACUAUAUAUUGUAAUAAAAAAAAAAUCAUUUUUAUUGAAGCCAAUUUUUUUUAUUUACUGUGCUUUUGUGGGAUAUUGAAAUAAAUCAGACUUGGUCAAUUCGUUAAAGUAUUGGUUACGGAUUAAACCUAUAGGAUGCAUGUUCAGAAGCUUAAAGUACUUUUUAAAGAAAAGGAUACACAGUGAAGCUACUUUAAAUUAAAGCAUUUUACAGUAUUGGCACCAUAAAGAAACUUGCUAAAAAUGAGGAUGCCAUGGAUAGUGGCUGCAGCUGGCAUUUUGGUUGCUUAACUGCAAGCUUAUAACUGAUGGACCCCUCUCUUCUUCCCAAUAUAAAGAAUCUUUUUAUGCAUGUUAUAUAUCUGUUGGCAGGAGUCCAACUCUUUAGCCUGUUUAAAAGGCAUUACUCGUGUCAGCUGUAGCAUUUUUUUAACAGACAUAUUCAUGAUAACUUACAAUUUGGUGAUAAUAUAUGCUAAAUUAAAAAAAGGUGAUAUAAUUGAAUUUGAAUCUUUUAUUAUUCAGAUAAGGGUUUUCAAAAUUUUUCAUAUUGUUAUACAUUAAACCUUGGGAUUUUCAUGAAUUUUUUUUUCCUUAGUUUAUGAAUAUGCCUGUGUGGGAUUGUGUACGUCUAUGUGCACUUAUUUCAAAGGCAGCAAAAUGUAUUAUUGCUAUUCUGUCCUCUAGGAGGUAGGUUCAUAUGCAUGCAUUGAUCUUUAAAGAAUGGAUAUAUAGAUUUCUGUAAAGGAUUUAUCCAGUAAUAGCUUGGUUUCUUAAAGAUAACUGCAAGGAGCAGCCUACCUCAAGUUCAUGACAGUGACUGUAACUUGUAUACUAACUGUAGCUUAUUGUUGCCUUAAUUUACCUGUUAAAAGCCCUUCAUUUUCUGACUUGUUUUUAGACCUACCCUGCUUACAUUGUCUGAUGGAACAAUCAAUAUGUAUUAUAUGCAUUUUAUUUCUUUUUAUGCAAACAUUGAGGGUUAUGAUAAUAAGGGUUAUACUUAUCUGGUAUUAUAUUGUAUGCCAAAAAUAUAGUGAUGGCUACAUUUUCAGGGUUAUUGUGUGAAUUUUUAUAUCAAAUGCUGCAGAAAUUGAGAAAAUAUGAACUGUUACUUAGUUUUACAAAGAUCUAAAUUUUUGCUGUUUGUGAUGCAGGUAUUUUAAAACACUAUGUUGUGCAUAGUUUUAUGGUGACAAAUGCUCAGAAUUAAGAUGCAUCUAGUUUUAUGACAGAGGAAGAUCUUUGGCAGAUUUGGAGUUGGAGCAUAGUUGAAAUUUUACCAUGUUUUCGUGGGUGAUUAGUCAAUCAGGGAAAAAUGUGUAGGUGUUAAGAAGAAAAGGAUGACCCUUUCAAUCACCACUUCCCACUGAAAAGAUCGUUUUGUAAGGAACAUGCACACACGUUUUGGAAGGAUAUUUUCAGUUAUAUGAGAGAAAUGCAAAUCAAAGUAGCUUUGGGCUUCUUAGCAUUUACCGUGGACCAGUACUCACUGCUUUUAAUAAACUUGCUGGAAAUAACUGAUAGCUACGAAAGAACAAUGACUUUGAAUCUUUAGAUGCAUGCAGACUUCAUUAAUGUAAGAUACAGUUGAUUAACAAGAAAAACAAAAAUGAAGACACUGUUACUGUUAGUACACGUAAGUUCGAUAGUCUAGUCUUCUUAAAGAGAAGAUAAAACCCACAGGGAGAAUUCUAAAUAUUUCAGAAAAAUUAUGAAUCACAUUGCCAGCUUAUGCAGAAUUUCACUUUUAACUGGAAAAGAACUGGAACUGCCACAGCAGAGCACUUAAACCUAAGAAUUUUCCUUUCUGCAGCAACAGUUUUGUGUUCACUGCUUUGUAACUAUUGAUACCUGGUAGAUGUACAGCACUUUGUGGUGGGUGAAAGUGGGGUGCUAAUAGAGGAAUGCAUAUGAUGCCAUUGCUUAUACUUAAAAGAUGUCACCUGUUACAUUUACAAAUAAAUUUUUUGUAUCAUACACUACAAAAGGUGUUGGAACCUUUUAUUUCUUUUGUCAUGGGUUUGUUUCCCCCUUUCCUCUUUUUUCUUUGUACUCUGUUGGAAUAAUUAAUUUAGAUGAAAGCAGAUAUGUUCAUUUUCUGAUGCCAAAUAUACAGCACCUACAUCUGGUACCAUUAAUCUGAGGGAAACCUUUAGUAGUUAAACGUUUGCUGGCAUCCUGUGGUUGUGUUUACAGGAAUUGAUAAUUUUGUUUCACUUGAAAAGAUCUGUAAUUAAAGUAGCUGCUAUAUUAAAAAUUGAAAUCAGUUUUCUGUAUGCUUACAUAACCUGAAAUAUAGUUCUUGUUGGAGGAAAAUAUGGCAAAAUUAGAAGCAACGAUGUUCAGUGGGUGCAAGCUGUGAUGACAAAAAUGGAAUUUGAAGAGGACAAUGAUUCCAACCAGUUAAAGAUACACUAAUUGUCAUGGUG